AUGCUUUAUUCUCAUAUUGUUCGCAACCACGAAAGCUUUGAUAAAGAUAAUUGGAAAAGUUUAAUUCAAUUUGACAAAAAUUGGGAAGCCCUUGGUUUCAAAAAAGCUAAGGAAAUUUAUUCUUCUAUGAAUAAGAAUAAAGGGUGCCAGAGUACCAAGUUAUUUACUAAAGGGUUUUCUAAUGAAUCCGGAAAAAAGCAAGCAAAACCACGUCCUCAAUACAAGUAUAAUCAUUCUAAUUCAAUAAGUCAAUGGAAAUGUCAUAAUUGUGGUUUCAAUCCAAACCGUGUAUGGUGUGUCAGAUGCUAUAAGUGUAAUGCAUUCAGGUCAGACCUUAAUCUUAAAACCUUUGAUCCUUAUAAGAUGCCAUCUAUGGCGAUAAGUGAAUAUGAUAAAAAUCUUUUGAGAACCGAAAUCAUCCGGGCAAAAGGAUAA